UGAAUAGCAUCGCUCUCAAAGUGAUGAUCAGUUUCAAGAAAGCAUCAGCCUACUAUUAGAGUGCCUGAUAUUCUGGAAAUUUUAUAUUGUGAAGUAGGCUACGGUUAUUAUAUGUAGGAUAUCAUUCAUCUGUAUAUGCUAGGAGAAAUACAGGACAUAUAUAUCUGGACAUGCUAGGUAUGUGGAAAAGUCAGGCUACCAAAUUGUUUGUGAUUUCCAUUCUUCUACUGGAUUUACCACGAAUUAAUGGUAGUGGAAGGAGUGAUGAUUACAUUGGAGAAGAUUCUGCGGAGACACCACCACUCUCAAAAGAUGUAAGAGGAAAGAAAAAAAUGUUUGGUAUCUUCAGGAAUAGAAGUAACAAACAAAAAGAACCCUUCGUUAUGGAACGAACUGAUGAACUAAUCAGGAAAGCCGGGUAUGAUGCGGAAUCCUAUCUCGUUGACGUCCCAAUCGGUCGAAAUAUAAUAGUAGAGGAGAGGCAGGGUCAAAAACUUUGGUCGAAGAAAAAGGGAAAAUAUACUAUGACGACGUUCAAAAUAGAAAUAUUUCGAAUCAUACAUCCUGGAAGAGACAGACUGAGGAAUUUGCCAGUUGUGUUGUUGAUGCAUGGAGCCACAGGAAGCUCUUCAGACUAUGUGUUUGCUGGCAAAGAUGAUAGUCUAGGGUUCUAUCUUGCGGACAGUGGAUACGACGUUUGGCUUGGUAAUUUGAGAGGCAAUUUCUAUGGUGGACUGAAUACUUACAAGAAUGUUUCUGCUUUUUGGGAUUUCAGUUUCCACGAGAUGGGACUCUACGAUCUGCCGACCGAGAUUGACUUCAUACUGUCAGCGACGGGGCGGUCGAAGCUCUUCUACGUUGGAUUCAGCAUGGGCACUACAUCUUCCUACGUCCUCUUGUCCAGCAAAACCAUAUAUAAUGACAAAAUAGAACGGAUGGUAUCUCUGGCGCCAGUUGUUUAUUUGAGUUGGACAAAGACCUCAAAUUUCUUAGAGAAGUUAGCUUUGUGGAAUCAUAAGUUUUAUGAUACAAUAUUAAAAUUGGCACAUGUAAGAUCCUAUUGGAGAAGUCCAUUGUGGGGGUAUAAAAGGCCAAAAUGUCACAAGAAAUGGUUGAGACCGAUUUGUGACCUGGGAAUUCAAUUAAUGUCAUCUAAUGAUGUGACGUUAUGUAAUCAAGAGCUGAGAGAGAAAUUUCUUAAAAUUGUACCAGUUGGAACAUCAUGGAAAGCAGUAAUGCACUAUUCAACAUUGGCAACAAAUGGAAAAUUCAAACCAUUUUCAUAUCAUACUUCGAAAAACCGGGCUAAGUAUGGAUAUGAUUCAGUGCCAGAAUAUGAAUUGGAAUAUAUCAAAGUUCCGAUAUUUCUUUUGUCAGGAGAAAAGGAUGGAUUCAGUCCCGAAGAGUUGAUGGACAAACUCAAAUCGAAAUUGGAAGGAGCAUCAGUAACAUGGAGAACAGUUGACAAAUUCUUGCAUCUGGAUUUCUUUAUAGCAAAAAAUCUAACAAAUUUAGUUUUUGGACCUGUUUUGAAUUAUCUACGAGAUCCAUACUCAAUAGUCGACUCAGGAAACCAAACAACUAGCACGAAAUAUAAAGAGAAUAAAAAGAAAAGUUUUGUGGAGAGCUAAUUUCUAAUGCACUAUACUACGUCAAUUGAUUUUCUUUUGAAUAAUGCCAUCUGUUUCACUAUUGUGAAGAUAAUGUGCAGGUAGUUUUUCUAGAAUAGCCUUGAAUUGAAUUCUGGGUUCUAGUUAGUUUAAUCGAAAUUAUUGUAAUAUAUGUGGCUACAAUAAAUUAAGGCAUUUUAGAUUAAAUAUGAAACAAGCUCCUUAGCAUGUAAGAAUGUAUUGUAUUAAUUCCAAUUGUAGCUAGUGCUGACUCAUUGUGCCUUAUAUGGUGCUACCGGCCGAAAUAAAAUUCGUAGACUGCUUUAGGAAAAUUAUUUCGCAAUCAAUGAAACAAUUUACCGCUCUGAAUUUAUUGUAUGAUUUUGCAUAGUCGCUGAAUGAGCAGUAUUAGAUAACUAUGAAGUAGUUCUACCUCGAUGAAACUCCUUUAUUGAAUUAGACAAUGUAGCUUGGCUAUUUAAUUAGAAAAUUUUAUUGUAAGAAAUCAAAAUUUUGGCAAUGCUCUGCUUAGCCAGCAGUCCAUAAUUACAAAUUGUAUUCUCAAAAGCCUGUCAUAAUAGACUUUUUGUGCAAUCCCAUGUCACAUUCUGUGGUCACUGACUCUUGUUUCAAAUUUUUCCAAUAUUGUACGAUAUCGUACCAUUUUGGCAAUUUCUGUUGAGUUUUAGCUGUUGUUCGGCGAUGACGACAAAUACAAGGUUUCUUGGUUGAUUCGGGUACCCUAGCCGAUCAUUCUGAUUCCAACCGUCACCUGAAGAAGACCCAGAAGCAGUGACCACGGGAGGAUGGAGUGGACAACUGUGAGGGUGUACAUUGUGGCUGACGAGUCCCUAAUUCAUUAUUAAGCUUGAGCCAUCCAUUGUUUCAUUUCGACCAGUCCAGUUUAAUCAUUGUAAUCCCCUUUUCCAAAUUAAAGUCUUCCAAAUUUUUCAAGUUUUAAAAGAUCUUUUGGAGGAGGCCUUCUGCCUACUCGAAACCCUGAGACACAGAUAUUAAUUAACUGAUCAAUAGUCGAGCGUCUUCAAUGUUAGCACAUUGUUAAUAUAACCAUAGAUAAAUUAAGUUCAUUUAUAACUUACUAUUCUUCUGGAUUCGAGUAUUUGAAUAUUUGUAACUGAUGCUUAAUAGUCUUUCCAUCCAUCCUUCUCAAGGUUGUCCUGUUUAAAAUCAUAAUCACCUUUUAUUUUGUAUUGUUGUGAGAGGAGUAUGUUAUAUUUGUAUUUUCUAUAUUUUCGAUACUAAAUUUGUUCUUAUUCGCCUCUGAGAGGGACCAGCAAAGGCCUAGGCUAUCUCCAAGAGAGCUGUUACAGUAACUAGUGAGGUCGUGGAAUACCUCAUCUCUGGAUGAAAGUUUUUUCGAUGAAAGUCGGUUUUGUUUUCAAUGCUUUUGAGCUAGAUAUGAUUUUCGAUGUCUUAGGAAAAUUUCCUAAAUUAAUCUCAUUUAAUGAGAAAUUUAUUGUAAAUCCAACCCCUGACAGUUGACAAGCUAAUUUAUUUUUCCAUUUUGUGUGGUUUAUGACGUCCUAAAUCAUAGGUUAAUUUAUUUUCCCAUAUUGUGUAGCUAAUGAUGUUCUAAAUCAAUAGUUUAUUUAUCUCUUUAUUUUCUGUGGUUAAUGACGUUCUAAAUUAUAAGUAAAUUUAUUUUUUCCCUUUUGUGUAGUUGAUGACAUUCUGAAUCAUAAGCUUAUUCAUUAGUUGGAUUUUGUAAAGUCUCACCUUUGAUAUUGAUUCAUUCAGGACUUGAUUUCAAGCGAAGAACGGAUUGAUAAUGAAUAGACAUUAUCAUCCUCAUUAUCAUUAAAUUGAAUUAUUUAUAAUCAAAACAAACUUCAAUUUUGAUAAUUCCGAUACUCCCUGAGAAGAUUGUUGUCACAGGUUAUUUACUACUUUGAACUUAAUCAAUUAUUAUUAUUGAUCUUUUAUCAUUAUCUAUUAUUGAUCCUAUUCGCUCUUUGGGGAGAGAGCACUCAGGAAGGGCUACCAGUUGUUCAUACAAAUAUCAUCUUAUUUCCAGCAUGAUUUAUUCUUCUUUCUGAUCCCACGAGAUUCAUAGUUCUUAUUGACCAAUAUUUAUUGAUUUAUUUGUGUAAGAUUGAAUUAUUGAGCUGAAAUUAUUAGUCCUUGGCUUGAUUCCCUUACUUGAGUCCCAUUUAAUUUUCAAUUUUAAUGGCUUCAACUUUAAUCAUUAAUUUAUAUGAUAAAUUGAAUUACGAAUUUCGUCUUUAAUAGUCCAUUUUGUUUUGUUUGAGUGAACUUCACUAAUAACUGGAGUUUUGAUUAUAAAGUUGAUUUUAUUAUUAUUGACUUAAUUUAUUACUAUUUUGAAUUGAUUCAUUUCUUUAGUCUAUUGAGUUGUCUGAAGUUCGGAGAUUACCUAUUAUUGUUGGAAAGCCACUCGUUAACCAUUUUACUAUUUUUCGAGACCGUUGAUAUGGCCUAUACUGCACGGCCAAUGCCCCGAAAUUGAUCUUAGUAUAUUCUGUUUAGAUUUGAGAAUAUUUUUAUUUUGAGUUUGUCAGGUUGCCACUUGUUCCUCUUUAUUUUUGUGGAAUAAAAUCAUUAACACUAAUGUUGCCAUAAUUUGUGUUUAGAUUUAAGAAUAUUUUCUUAUUUUGAGUUUGUCGUGUUGCCACUAGUUCCUAUUUGAUUUUGUGGGAUAAAUUUGUUAAUACUGUUGUUGCCAUAAUUAUUUUGUGUUGAGAUUUGAGAACACUUUUAUUUUAAUAUUGUUGAGUUGUCACCUGUUCUUAUCUGAUUCUGUGUAAUAAAUCGGUGUUAAAAUCUU